AUGGCUGCAGCUUUGUCGUCUUCUGCUUUGUUAUCGUCUUCCCUCGCGCCUCCCGUUUCGCUGGUUGUGUCGGAUCAGGAGUUCCCUGACACAGUGGAAGACAUUGUUGCAUGCACUGCUGCCACACAUCCAGUCGCUUUUGACGCCCAGAUUCCUCCCAUCAUGGGUCUACCAGUUUACGCAGGGAACGGGGCUAUCGCGUGUUUAACACCAGGACCCAAUCUUGUAUUCCUCCAAUCAGCCCACAAACUGCACUUUUGGGACUUGGUUCAGGAAUAUGAACUCUACCUUUUGGGGUAA